GCACAUUAAUAUGUCAAAAAUAUCACCAUCAAAUUGAGCAUGGCGCAAACGGGCCUGAAACGAGUAAACGCAAGAAUUGCACGGUUUGGCGGGGGCCUCACCGAUCUGUGUCCCAGCGGGCGUAAGCUCACGUAAAUGCAAGUAAAGGGCAAUCGCAAGCGGGCGAACGAUGAGGGCGGGGCCCAGCAGGACGGCGAGGCAGUGCGCCUCGAGCUGGAUGUUAUCACCGGCUCCCUCUGGCAGCCGGCGUGUCAGGCGCUCGCCCCGCCUCCAACCAAGAUCCCGCUGGUGUUCUCCGACAAGGCCCAGUACCGGCGCACCUUUGAGCCGCUGCUGCUGGAGGAGGCGCGCGGCGCGGUGCGGUCCGAGUUCGAUGAGGCCAUGAAUGCGGGGCGCGGCUGGCCCGUGGUGGCCACUCGCUGCGCACCCACCAGGGAGGGCGUGUUCCACCUCACACUGCGCCCGGCGCAGUUCGCCGCCUCUGUGCCGCUGCGGGAGGGCGCGCUGGUGGUGCUGGUGCGCCCGCCGCCACAGGCCCUCAGCGAGGGCGGCGCGGCGGGCGCAGGAAAGCAGCAGGGGCAGCAGCGGGGCCGGGCGGCGGCGGCGGGCGUGGGCGUGCCGGCGCCGCAGAACCUGUGGGCGCAGGCGCGUGCGGCGGCGGCCAGCGCGGGCCGCUGGACACAGGGCGCCGGAGCGAGCGGCGGAGGGGGCGGCGGCGGCAGUGAGCCGGGCGAGGCGGCGGAGGCGCCGGUGCCGGUGCUGACUGGGCUGGUGCGGGUGCGGUGCCGCGACGCGGGCUCGGCGGUGGAGGUGUCGGUGCGGCCGUGCUGCGGCGCCCCCCAGCACCGGGCGAGGGAGGACUGCCCCUGCAAGGCGGUUCUGUCCCUGGUGGUGGGCGCCCACGUGUCCACCGAGCACGACGGUGACGGCGCCCCCCUCGCCGACGACCCGGCCCCCGAGCAAGCCGCCGGCGCCCCCGGCGCCACCGCAGCCGAUGCCGCCGGGGCCGCAGGCGGCGGCGGCGGAGCCGCAGGCGGCAACGGCGGUUCCGAGUCUGGCCCUCCAUGGCUGUGGCUGGUGCCGUUGAGUGGGCUGGUGACCAACGUGCGCGAGCUGCGGGUGCUGCAGCGCCUGGACCUCAUCCAGCUGCUGCCGGAGCUGCUGCAGCCGGCGGCGUACGGCCGGCAGGGCGGCGCGGAGCUGCCGCAGGUGUGGCCGCAGGACGCCCGCCAGGAGCCCUACUACCGCUACCUGUACGGCCAGUACGACACGCCGCAGCGCGAGGCCAUCGUGGCGGCGGCCUCGCACCUCGCCACGCGGGCCGACCUGCAGCAGGCGGCGGCGGAGGGGGUGGCCACCGGGCUGGCGGCGGCGGCGGCGGAGGGCGGAGGAGCGGCUGGAGGAGGAGGAGGAGGAGAGGCGGGAGGCCUGGGGCGGGGGAGAGGCCUGGGAGGUGCGGACGGCGACUUGCCGGUGCACAUCCCGCCGGUGACGCUCGUGCAGGGCCCUCCAGGCACCGGCAAGACGCACACGGUGCGCGGCAUCCUCAACACCUGGCACAUCAUCCAGUACCACCGCCACCACAGUGCCUGGCUGCGGCGCGCGCGAGACGCCCUCACCAGCAACAGCAGCAACAGCAGUAGCGGCGGCGCCGGGGGCGCGCGCAGUGCGGCGAUGCUUGAAGCCUUCCUGGGUGGCUUUGGAGGAGGUGGCGGCGGCGGCGGCGGAGGGGGAGGAGGCAGCGCUGUCAACGCGGCGGCGGCGGCGAGUCUGAUGGCGGCGCUGAAUGACCCCACGCCGCUAGACGCGCCCAAGCCGCGUAUUCUGGUGUGUGCGCCCUCCAACGCCGCCACCGAUGAGCUACUGGACCGCAUCCUCACAGACGGCUUCUGCGACUUCGGGGGAGCCACGUACAGGCCCAACGUGGUGCGUGUGGGCGCGGAGGAGGCGCCGCUGUCCGCCGCCGUCAAGGCCGUGUGGACGGAGGCCAUGAUUGGGCGCUACGAGGCGCUGGGGCCGGACGCCUGGGCGCUCGCCUACAAGGAGGCGGAGGCGCGGGUGGCCGACUGCCGACUGUACAUGGGCUCACUGGCGGCGCAGCUGGCGGCGAGCAGGGGCGCAGGCGGAGGCGGCGCGGCGGGGGGUGAGGGAGAGGGCGAGGAGCUGGACCGACUGGCGGCCGACCUGGUCCGACUCAACGACAUCCUCAACCGGGCCAGGAACGAGAUCACAAGGCUGGACCGGGCGGGCGACAUGGCCACCUCGGGUGUGGACCGGCUGCCCGGCUACGUGGUGCGGCGGGUGCGUGAGGAGCUGGAGGCCAGCCUGAUGGAGGAGGCAGAGAUGGUGUUCACCACCCUGUCCAGCACGGGCAGGGCGGUGUUCGGGCGCCUCACACGCGGCUUCGACCUGGUGCUCAUAGACGAGGCGGCGCAGGCGUCGUUGUCGGCGUUUGCCUUCCUUGACGGCUACACACUGGGUGUGACGGUGGGCAUCAUCACGCCCUACCGGGCGCAGCGGGACAUGCUGCGGCGCAAGUUCGCAGAGGCGCUUGGGCCGGCGGUGCUGGAGGCGGUCAAGAUCGAGACCGUGGACUCGUUCCAGGGCAAGCAGCUGGAUGUGAUCAUCCUGUCCUGCGUCCGCACCUCCCGCCCCGGCGGCGGCGGCGGCGGUAGCGGCGGUAACGGCGGCGGCGGCGGCGGCGUGGGCUUCCUGGCGGACGUGCGGCGCAUGAACGUGGCCAUCACGCGAGCUAAGCAGGCGCUGUGGGUGCUGGGGCAGUUCGGCGCGUUGAGGCGCGAGCCCAGCUGGUCCGCACUCAUUGAGGACGCGGAGCAGCGCGGCUGCAUCAUCCAGGACGCCGGCGCCGAGGAGCUGUGCCCCGAGUGGGCCGCAUACCGGCAGCGGCUCGACAGCCUGUGGAACCAGCACCAGCACCAGCACCACCAGCACCAGAACCUGCAUGGGCGCGGCGGGAGAGGUGGUGGCGGCGGCGGUGGAGGGCGGGGCCCGCCACCCAGGCAGGCGCUGAUGUCCGUGGGCCCGGGUGCUGGCGGGCCGCCGGCGGCGCACCAGCCGCCGCCGCCGCCGCCGCCCGGCAGGCGGCCAACACCGCCGGCAGGUGCGCUGGCAACAGGGGCGGGGCCGGCGAACGGGCCGGGUGGCCAGGGGCACGUUGUGCAGGGUGGGCAGCUACAGCCGCCGCCACUGCAGCCGGUGCAGGUGCUACAGCCGCCGGGGCUGGGCUCCGCGCCCGGGCAGCCCCAGCCGGCCUUCAUAGUGCUGGCGCCGGGUGCUGCUUACAUGGCGGGCGGCGGCGACGGCCAGCAGCAGCAGCAGCAGGUGGUGCUGAUGCCGCCACAGCUGCCGGUGCAGGUGCAGGUGCAGCAGCCACAGCAGCCACCAGCGCAGCAGCAGCUACAGCCACCACAACAGCAGCAGCUACAGCCGCAGCACUACUUCGUGCCGCCGCCGCAGCCCCACCAAAGCGCCUACCAACCUCAGCAGCAGCAGCAGCAGCAGCAGCAGCAGCAGCCUAUGGACGCAGAGGGUGGGCCACAAGGGCCAGGCACCGCGCCGCCGCCCAAUCACGCAGCCCGCGGCGGCGGCGGCGGCGGCGGCGGCGGCGGCGGUCGUGCCACCCGCGGCGGCCGAGGUCGCGGCGGCCGGCAUCCGCCCGGCGGUGGGUUGGGGCUGCAGCCCGUGGGUGCGGCGCAUACACGGCCGCAGCAGCAGCAGCUGCCCAUGCGACACCAUGGGCAACUCCAGGGCGCUACGGGGUCCGCAGAGGAGGCAGGCGACGGACAUGGACAGGGCGGGGGCGGCACGGGUGGCGGCGGCCGGGGCCAGGGCCGGCGGGGUCUGGCGGGGAUGCUGCCCAAGCACGGUCGUGGCCGUGGUGGGGAGCUGGGGCAGGCGUCUGGCUGGGCUUUGGGGGGCGGGCAGCAGAGGCCACCGUCGCCGCAGCCCCCGCCGUCGUAAUAGUGGAAGGUGUGAAUGCAGGCAGGUGCAAGGGGGUGAUCUGUUGCGCAUUACAGGGGCGGCGGCUGUAGUGAAGGUGGAAGCGGUGAUGGCUGCGACUGAGGCAGGGAGGCGGGAGCUGGGGUACGGCGGCACGCGCCAACCGUACGAGCAGGUGUGGGUGUUGGUGUGGUGCGAGGGGCGGCAGGCCGAAGGGCGGGGCUGCGGCCUGACUGUGCGGCGGCGUUGCAGGACGAGGGCCGGCCACUGCUGGUGCUAGAUUUGGUAGUGCUGCUAGCUGGUGUGUGCCAGUGGUGCUGGGUUGCCGGGCUGGGCGAUUGCCUGACAGUCAUUGCCCCAGGAACUGUACCAGACACGCUCGCCCAAGAUAGAGAGAGA